AAGAAUAUUUAGUUUUCCAGAUACGUACAAUUCUCUUUUUACAUGAUAGUGAAAUACAGACAUUCGUUCGUAACUUUAUCAAGCAAUGCAUAGAAAUUUUUUGCAUGAUUUAUUGGAAUCUUUCAACAAAUUAUUUAUUUUGCCACAAUGUGCACUUUCAUACGAUAUCCUUCGAUACCUACGUACUACUUGAAAAGAGAAUCGAGUGCACAGCAGUAAAUAAGUAUUAGUUUAUCGUUGACAUAUCUAUGGUACUCCAAUAGUCGCCGAACAUCCUUGCGAACAUCGUAGUAGUCCUCGAUAACCACUGGAAACCCUCGCCAAACUGUUUCACCGAACGAAUUCUGCCUUUCGAUAUUGUCCAUUGCGUUGCAGCUCAGUUUGAAUGGACGAACGCGGUUAUACAGGGUGUCCCAAAAAUGUUGUAACACCUUGAAAGGGAUGGUUCAGGAGGUGAUUUCAAACAACUUUUUCCUUAGCGAAAAUGUUGUCAGAGGUUUCGUUGAAGAGAUAUUAACGGAAAACACUGACCAAUCAGAGCGCGAGGAUGCCGGUUGAGCGUAGGCUACGCGAUAGGCGGCCGCGCUCAUUGGCUACCGCGAGCGCUCCAUCGGCAUCCUCGCGCUCCGAAUGGUCAGUGUUUUUCGUUAAUAUCUCUUCAACGAAACCUCUGACGACAUUUUCGCUAAGGAAAAAGUUGUUUGAAAUCACCUCCUGAACCAUCCCUUUCAAGGUGUUACAACAUUUUUGGGACACCCUGUAUUUUACGACUUCUAUGUUUUCCAGCACGGGAAAAGCGCGGGUGAAGUACGAUGCACGAACUGGAUUCAAAACUCUCGCGCAGCGUCGAAAGAUUUGCUCGAAGUGGUUGUCGGCAUGGCCGCCAGUCGUCGCGCGCAACAGUUUCAAGAUGGCGGCGGUCGAGCGACGAGAGCGGCCGAUCGUCGCGCCCUCAGUGUCUCGCGGUUCAUCGAUCAGUGUGGUGUGUUUCGCGUUGUUGCUCCGGUGGAUUUUUUUGGUGGUUUGUUCCUGCCUCUGGGACGUACGCGUUCUUUUUCGUUUGGGUUUCCUGGAGUCGACGCGGUGAUCGAAGCAGUGGGCUCUUGAACGGGCCCAACGGAAACCGGAGAAAAGAUGCAACCGAGGAUAUAUUGGAUUCUGAUCAGCACGGCCGUCAUUCUCGCGGGAUGCAACGCCGCUACCGAGGAUCUACACGAGAAGGAGAGGACGGUGGGGGGAAGUUCGACGUUCAAUCCCAUAUCGGACGACCUCUACCUAGACGACCAGGGCCCUUUGGAGGGUUCUGGUCGAGGUGGCAACGAAGGUCGCGACGACCUUGAAGCAUCCGGUAGCGGCCUUGGCCCUGACGACGAGGACGGCGACGACGAUCACGAUUUCAGCAACAAUAAUAGGAUAGACCCAGUGCCAAACAGGCCAACGGAACCUGGAGCACCAUACUCUGUCGAUGAACCGAUUGUAAAAACUAAAGAACAGACGAUCGUCGAGACUGUAAACCGACCCGACAACGAGGUCGAUGUAAUCGAGCCCUCAGGUGUCGAGGACGACCACUCGGACAACACCGACGAUAUCCACGAGGUUUACAUCAUGAAUCCGAAACACGAGGACCGCGCCAGCUCCUUCUUUGCUCAGCCAGGUGUGCUGGCAGCGGUGAUUGGCGGCGCAGUGGUUGGAUUGCUCUGUGCGAUCCUUGUGGUGAUGUUCAUCGUGUACAGAAUGCGCAAGAAGGACGAGGGAUCGUACGCCCUCGACGAGCCGAGAAGAUCGCCCGCGGCGCAGGCGUUCCCCAAGCCAGGCGCGCCGCAUCACAAUCGAGAAUUCUACGCUUGAGGCGACAAAGCCUAAACUGGCUUUGACACCGCCGAGUUCUGCCCCACGAUGCCACGCCGAGAAAGACGAUGUCCUUCAACCGAAUUAAACGCCGUCGCCGACGACGCAACCGCGGAAUCUCCCACGAGGAUCCCAGCGAAACACCUUCGUCGACCGACCACAGGGAGAUUCCCAUCGAGGGGAAAACGUCACCGCAACCUUCUGUCAUCCUUCGAUCACGCAUUCCCCUCCUCUAUUCCGUCUUAUUGUUUCUCUUUUCCUCUUGCGCAGUACUUCAGAACACCCAACACCAUUCAGUAAUUCGGACACAGUUUUCUUUUAGACAAACACCUCAACAAGCGUUUGUUUAGGCAAUCGAUCACUUUUCGCUGGUGGAUCCUCGGCUUGACUCUACUUUGCAAAUAGGACUUAACAAUGUUAACCCCUUCAGACCUCGUUGCACGUAACAAUGUACAUAAAAUUCAUCGAGUUCGACGAGCGUGAUUCAUUUUCGGUGAUGAUUGUGGAAUACUUUGAUAUGUUUGAAAGGGAAGAUAAGGUACUAUACCAUCUAUUUAAUGUAUUACGUUUUUUGUGUUAUUUGGGGUUUCGUGUCAGCAAGUUGCAGUAUGACAAUAUUUUUCGUAGCUUUAAAAUAAAUUGGGUCUGAAGGGGUUAGGCGUCAGGAGUAUUCACCUCCGUUGAGUCGAGCAUCGAUUUUCUUCAAACGCUGGUUUUUUCUGCGUGUGAUCAGCCUUCCAAGUACGACUGUCGUUUGGUGAUCGAAGGAGAGAGGAUGGGUGAUUAACUCCCCCAUCGAGUCCUCGUCGGCAAGGUCGCGCCAAUUCCAGAUGCAUUUACAGCGUAUUCAGAGCGUAUAUGUAUUUAGGCGUAUAUAUACGCCCCAACCCCCUUAUCCCCCUGUACAGGACUGAGAGCGCGAAAAUUCGUGGGCGAUAAACGCUGCUGGUAUAUCGUUAAUCAUUCUGCCUCUGGUGGAAGGAGGGAAGGAAGAAGGAUCGUUGCGCCACCCGUGAUUUCUCUUCGACGCCAAUCCCGUGAACCGCGAACCUCGUUUAUCAACGUUUCCUCUCGCCUAUCCCUCCCCCCCCCUCCGAUCCCUUUUCCUUUUAUUUUUCGUUUCUCCGUUUAACGAGCAUCCAGCAACUAACCUAACCCAGACCUGAUUCGCGGGGGCGUCUUUUUUUUUUAACACUUUGACCAAGGCCCUCGACCCGCCGCCGCGUUUUCUCUUUCUCGAGGCCCGGUUCCACGGAGCCCAAAUACAUUUCGUGAAUUCACGAGGCUCGUUGGCGAAACGAAAACGGAAUUCAACGAAAUUCCAAUUUCAAUCUAUCUUCGACAGCUUCUUAUUUUCCAAGGGGUUUGGCGAUUCUUCUGGGGAACUAUGUUUCCUAACAUUUCUUUUCGUCUUUUGGACAGUUUCGUAGCGUAUACUCGUGAUCGAUGGUUUGUUAGUAGUUAUAAAAGUAAAUGUAACGUUUCAAGAAGUUUAGAAGUUAGAAGUUAAUAAAGUUUCUCUUGCAAGAAACAUCGCCCGACUGUAGCGCGCCGAAUUUCAUGUAACUUUGCGUAGAGAAUAUUGGUAUUCGAGGAGUGAAAACUACCCCCCAAAAAUCGCGAAUUUUUCGGUGAUAAUUUUCACUAAUUGUCGAAUUGUUUUCAGUGCUCUGUGCGCAACGAUUUAUUUAAUGAACGUGUUACAGUUGGGCGAUGUUCUCUUGUUAAUCGACGACUACGUGCGGUACAUAGGUGAAAUUGUAACUUAAGGUAUUCUUAAUUUUUUAAAGGUCAUUGUUAUUUCUAAGAUACGGUAUAGAAAUAUUGAAUUAUUUAUGGAUUUAUGGAUAGAAUGAAUCUCGCGCGAUAAAUGAUCCCAACGUUUUGGUAAAAGUGAACGAUGUCGAAACACGUUUUUAAUACCAAUAUUCGGCAGGAAGUGUGAACAAUCAAGAAUACAUAUGAAAUUAAGUUGUUGGCACAAACAAUCAUGAUGUUCCCUCAGUGCAACACCUGAUCAUUAUUUAUAAAUUUCUUUCCGUUGUUACUGUGUCGUUUAAUCGGUUUUUAAUAGGGAACUUAAAAAUCCUAGAAUGGUAUUUCGAAGGUUAGAUAUCUACAAGGGUUAAACCGAAGCCUCGAAACGGGUGUCUUAAAAGAAAGCGGUUGUAUCGAUGCCAUGCACUUAGUGGAUAAAAAUUCAUCGUGCCAUUUUAAGCACUAUAAGUGACAACGUUUUGCGCGACAACCGAUUCCUCUCGCCACGGUCAAAGGAAUAAAAAUGGCCGCCCACCACGACACCUGAAAGAGACAAACGAAGCACAACGCGUCUCCGAUAUCGUUCCCUUCUUCCACCCCUCAAAACUAAAGAACAUCUUGUAUCUUAACACUUUGCCAACCACGCAUUACUCGCGAAUCGCACCUAAUACCUUUGCCGAAUUGAAACUUUUACAACUUCUACAAUAUAGAGAUUUGUAACAUGAAAAUUCAAGGAAGUACGAUUAACUCCUAAGUGAUUGAAAAGAUAUUCAGUAGUAUCUAAGCGGUUGUAAUUUAUCAAUGUUACUGAAACUUAUUUAUUUCUUAAUGAAAUGAUGUAUACACAUUUACGAUAAUUGAUCGGGUCUCGAUAGAUACUAAAAGUCUAACGGUUUUUAAUAUCAAUCUUUGAUUUUAGGUUGGCGUAAACCAACUCCCAAAUCGGUUGGCAACGUGUUAAAGAGAAAGGCUUCUUCUUCUGCUGGUCAAUAGAGAUUCUAUUUGCCAUGGAAACAAAAGACGUUUAAAUUUCCCGCGUGCACGCGGGAUCGUUUCUCGUUCUGACCCGCGAAAGGAACACGUACGCGUGCACGAUACGUGUUUGCUUUUCGUUGACAGCACGCGAAUGCCAUAUUGAAAAAAGCGAGACUAAGAAACGAAGAGAUAUGAAAAGAUUUAAACAAACAAACAAAAAAUGGACACAUACACGUGUAUAUCUAUUUGUUUCAAGAUUUUUCGUCCGCGAUAUUUAUCCCACGAUCGAUCAGUAUCGCGAGGUUGUAAUAAUUUAUUGACUUUUUCACGUAGGACCAAGCGAUUCCCCCCUUCUCUCCGCCCCUUUUUCCCCGGGUCCUUUCUUUUGCUUUCCCCUUCAUUCUUCCAACGACCCUAACGCAGUGGCGUAACCAGGAAUUUUAAGAUCUACGAUAGAAAAUAACAGUGAAAUUGAAUAAAAUUUUUGUGAUAACUGGACUUCUGUUCGGUAUUUAAUAUGAAGCUUGUACCGAUAAGAUGCGUAUAGUUAAAAGUGUAAUCAGAAAUCGACUGCUAUCUUUUUCUUUUUGUGCAAGUUGAGGGUCUAAAAAAUUAGUUACGCCAUUGUUUUAUGGAUCGUUACUAUGUCUCUGAUUUUUCAAGAUUUUAACAGCGUCUCGGUCACCUCUUCCCAGGUAGAACGCAAAGUAACUGUUUAUUCGUAAAAACUUUUAUAGAGAGACUUUUUAUCUGCGAAUGAAUCCUCGACUCGGAGAAAUACCUUAAACGGUGUAACCGAUCGAGAGAUAGGAAUUGUUUCUUUUUUUUUUUUUUUUUUUUUAAUAUAUUGCGAAUUUAGUCAUUAAUCGAUAUCGUAACAUUAUCGUUAUUCGAAAGUAGCGUACAACGUAGAUUCGAUUGUUAGCCGCGCCAUCCACAAAUCAUUGUUUCGUCACAUUCUCUCCACUUUCGAACGAUGGAAACUCGUAGAAUUUAGCACUAUCUUUUAAUACUUCUUAGAAACGCGAUAUCAAUUGACGUGAAACCUAUCGACGUUUACAUGACAAGAGUAAAAUAAUGGGUGAGGCACCGGAGGAUUCCUAAACGUCGUAAAAUCCUUGUAUAUAUGAUGUUAUGCAGCUAUAAUGUCUUAUAUAUAACGUUAUGUCAUUAUUAAUGUCCUGUGCAAUAAUAAUAUGAAUUUUACGUACACGAACCGUCGCAUUUAUUAUCACACGAAUCGACCAAUAAAAUUAAAGGAACGUAUCGAACGUCGUCGAACCAUUUGAUUUCAAAUAAUCACACCGAGACGACAAAUUUUGCAUUUUUUAUCAAACGUUCGAAAUAAAUGAGCACACAACUAUGAAACAUAUUACGGUGGAAGCGGAACGUGUAAUUGUAGACUUUGAUUCGAAUGAUCCAAUGAUUUCUUUAAUAAAAGCAACAAGAUUCACAGAAAUCGUGAUAAAUUGACGAAAAGAGAUUCUACCUGGGUCGCGGGAACAUGGGCGCCAUUCCAGAGUCCGAUGUGUCGGGGUAAAUUAAAAUAUAUCAUGCCGAUACUGCCAUGUAUUACAUAAGGAACACCAUUUUCGUACGAAAAUCGUCGCGAACCUGUUUUGAUUGAUCUUUAUUCGAAACGCUAGCCGCGUUUAUUUUUCUCGUUUUUUUUUUCUGCGAUAUAUUACCGGUCGGUAAAGCAGUGAUUAAUUAUUACGUGUCCAAUCGCCACCGGUAAGGUGUUAAUAACAACAGUAUCACAUACAAGUCCAACUAUACAGUUGGACUUUGAUACGAUCGUUGGAUGUUACGGGCAAAGCGUUUAAAUUUAAUCAUCGUGUUUAACAUCAACGUCGUGCGAGGCGGUAGUUGUUUCGACGCCAUCUUGUGCAAAUAAUGCUUGUUGCUUCGUCAACUACUUAUUAGAGAUAUUCAAUUCUUGUCAGAAAAAUCAAUUUUGAAGCAAAACGAGCCCUUAAAAAUCAUUUUUCUCGUUAUCGACUAUCUCUCGCGUAUACUUUAGGUCUUUAGGUUAGAUUUGCAUAUUUAUAUUUAAGACAAAGAAUUGACCAGAAAUUAAGUGGGAAAUUGAUUAUUGUUUCGUCUAGAGAAGAUUUAAGUUUAAGAAGCGAACAUCCAUAUUAUUGCUUGGUACGACGUUGCUGUCUAUAUUUUCAGUUAUGAAACACUUCAUCUAUCGGCGACAUUUCUCACAGCUUCUAAAUCGAUCUUAUCGAUUUGUAAAAUGGCUCGACGCUAUUUUAUAAGCUUAUUUAUAAUGCGUCUAGACGUCUCGAAGGAUAUUGUAACGAUAUGCGUAGUAAUAAAGGUAUAACUAAGUGUAUUGAUAGGGUCGACUUGGAAGAAGAAAUAUUUAAACAGCUAUUCGAUGUACAGGUUAUGUUGGAUGAUAAAAUUCGCGAGUAAAUUAUCGAUACAUAGGUGAACGAUCGAAAGGAUAAUAUGUCGGUAUAGAGUGUACCGAGAGAUAUUGUGUUUAGGGUAAAAACGAUUACAAUAAAUGGAAUCCAAAUCAAUUUUCUUUUCUGUUUUUGCUGGAGAAUUAGCGAAACGUUACGGCAGUACCUAAAACCAGUCGCGUAGAAUAUUAGAGAAAUGUUAUGCUUUGCCUUUAACUUUUCGCGAUAAAAUUAACAUACACGACGCGAGAAUAUCCGACAAAUAAAUAAAAAGAUAAUAAAGCAACGUGUACGCUGCAUCUCCACGUGGCUCAUUUAAUACUCGAAGAGGCGCUGUCUACGUUCUAUGCGACAAGAAACAAACAUUAAUUGUAAUAAAAUCAUAUUUUAUAAGAGGAUGUAUUCCGUAUGAACGCUAUAGCAAUGAGAAGUCUGUCUAACACUAGACGAGAACCCAUAGGCCAGGUGGACGAAUGAAUAAUAAUUUUAAAAAGUGAAUAUAAUUAAUAUUUAAUGAUAACUAUAAUUAACACUGUUAUUUUGUAAGUGUAAGUACUGUCUACACCCUGUCCUCCCCGAGUCGCCCUGAGCUCCGUAAAAUAUAUUACGUGUACGUGUAUAUAUUCGCGUGGUUGCAGGUGCACACCACGUAUAUACACGUAUAUAUAUUUAUAUAAAGUUAUACAAUCGCCCGCCUUGGAGCAUCAAACCGUGAUCUUUUCCGUGUUCUUUUUUUCUUAUUCUUUGUUUCAUCUGCAAUACGGGUACAGAGGACAACUUGGUCGAUGCUAGAAGUUCCUAGGAUCUAUAUAAAUCGACUGAAAAUUCCCAUACGUGUCUCGAUGAUCUGGAAAUCCCAAGUCUGUAUAUUUUCUCAAGCCCGAGAGAUCGCACGUGUUACUCCGUUGCGGGCGCUUACGUUAACGACACGUUAUUAUUAACAGAAAUUAAUACUAAUUGCACUAUGUUAGUAUGGUAACGAACAAUACUGUAUGUCGUCGCUCCUAUUCUGUAAAUAAACACUGUACCGUGUAAGGAAAACCUGA